CUGCCUUUAAGCCGUGUCGGAAAAACGUAAAUUUCGUCACACACCCCCAAAGCGAAAAAUACAAUACAUUAAAAGUUGGGCGAUGGAAACAAAGAAUGUGUACUAUAAACAAUAAUAACAGUGAAAUAACGCAGAUAUAUUCACAAAUUUUAGCUUUAGAGAGGCAAGACUGAGAUGGCUUGGACAUGUGCAGAGGAAGGAUAGUGGAUAUACUGGAGAAAGGAUAUUGAAUAUGAAGCUGACAGGGAGGAGGAACAGAGGAAGACCAAAGAGAAGCUUUAAUGACUGAUCAUGCAGAUCUAGAGAGUGCUUUUCCAUAUGUAAACACUCUUCAUUUUCAUCAUUGUCAUGGUAGUUUGGGGCUUUAAUGAUUUCUUUCAACUGUUCUUUUUUUUCAGAGGGGAAUGAUUGUACAGCAAACAUAUUUAAUGACUAAAAUAAGAAUUGGGUGUUUUGUUUAAACGUUAGAAAGGUUUCUUGGAGCUAAUUCUAAACAACUGUAGAUUUGAAGAUCAUCAGUUCAAACAGCUGUACAUAAGUGAAAGUUACUUCGUUGUUUCACCACUUUGUCAAGGUCUGGAAGAAAACCUGGACUCUCACCCUUGGAUGAAAGGAAGUUUGUUAGGAUGUUCAGGAACAUCCCACAAACCAUCAAAGCUCAAGGCUGCCAUGAACUGGAAACUGCUGGAACGCUAGGGUCACUGUCCACAGUGAGGCAAGUUUUAAACUUCCAUGGACUGCAUCGACCAAGAAAGGAGGCGCUGGUCCAAAAUCAACACCUUCAAGCUUGACUGAAGUUUGCAGCUGCACACGUGGACAAGCCAAAUGCCUUUUAGAGGAAAGUUUUACUGGUACAUUGCACAAAGUGAAUGAAGUAAUGAAGAAGGAGGACCUUCAGAUUCUUUAACUUUACCUCAAUUCAAAAUCUAGAUGGGUGAAACUUGAACACAUUUGGGUGUUCCAACAGGACAAUUUUCCCAAACACAUCAAAACUAGUUUUGGAAUAAGUAAUGCAGUCUAGCAUUACGUUUCUGGAAUGGCCGUCCCAAAGCUCCAGCUUCAACACAACUGAAAAUCUGUGCUUAAACGUUGAGUCCAUGUCAGGAAACCAACCAAUUUGAAUGAAUUUGACCAAUUCAGACAAGAAGUGUAGUCAAAUAUCCAGCCAGAAUGUUGCCAUUAGCUUGUUUGAGGGUGUAUGUACAUAUUUAAGCCUGCAUGUAUAAUUUUACUGUAAAGAAACUUGUACACUACAUUAUUGCUUUCUAAAGUUAAAGAUGUAAGCUAUACAAUCACUUCACCCUGGAAAAAAGCAGUUCAAAGGAACCAUUUAAAGCCCAGAAUUACCAUGACAUUUAUGCUCAUGAUGAGUGUGGAUGACCACAGCUGUAUUUUCCCUCUCAGUAACAUGAAUACUGGGCUAUGCCGAUGCAUUGGUGUAUAUGUAGGCUGAGUUGUACUGACAUGACAGCCUUUUUAAAUAAAUAAAUAAAGGAGUAUUAUUUGAAAAAAAAUACGGAGUAAAUUAGAAAUUAUAAUCUUCCCAACAGCGAUGCUGACUCCAUUAUUUAAAAUACUUUCAGCAGUCUGCAGGAUGUGCAGGAGAGUAAAAAAGUGUCUUGAAGGUAAGUUUGUAACAGCUUUCAAGGUAUUGCUAGAAACCUGGACAAUAACCCCAUUAUUCUCACUUUUCAGUAUAUUUAUAAUUCAUGCAUUUACGUAUAAUUAUAUAUUUCAUGUAAAGGUUAGUCUCUGUUAUGGGCUUUUUAAAACUCAAACUUAGUAUUCAAGUUGGCAGGACAGUCAUCCUACUCCAUAGAUAGAUAGAUAGAUAGAUAGAUAGAUAGAUAGAUAGAUAGAUAGAUAGAUAGAUAGAUAGACUAUAGCGGUCCAAAGUCAGAAUUGUUUAGGUAAGUAGUGUAAGUAGUGUGUGGUUAUAUUAAUGUAAAAUCCACAUGAAUGGGAGAAAUUAACAUUUCCGAACCUAACAUUGCCUCAAAAUCGGUCAGUGCUUACUUCCCCUGUCAGUGGUUUUAAUGUUGUGUUUGAUUCAUGUAUAUCUGAUUUCAAUUUGUAUUCAUCUUCUUGUAUGUCGUGUGUACAUAUAUAGUACACAUUUCACGUGAAUUUUACGCGCUAUAAAUAGUAUCACCAAGUCUUAAACCUGGUAGUCUUUACUGUUUUCACAUGUUUGUAUGUUCAGGUUAGUCCAUCAGUGAUUGCACGAAAGGUUUUUACUAGCUUGUUGACAGCUAAAUAUUGUGCAACACACACAGGAGUUCACCCAACCAUGGAACAUAUAAAGAUUCAGCUGGCUCAUUGACAAAACAAAACAAAGAGGCAGGCCAGCGCCAGAACACUGUGUUGUUGCUCAACAAAACCUUAACUGUCGUUGUAACAUGCUACAAGUUUCAGUGCCUUGGACAGCUGGUGACCGUUAAAUUGGAGCUGCUACAAAACCUUUGGUGCUUCAAACCAUUGUGAAAUCAAACCCUUUGAACUGAAUCAAAUCAUAGAAUAGACAAUCUAAAAAUGCUUGUAUUUUUGUUGUUAUUUUUAAUCGUUUAUGUAUAUUACAAAAAAAAUCAAAUGUUAUUGAGCAUACUUUGAUAUGGCAAAGCUGCACAAGGUUUAAGGGGGAAAAUCCAGCCUGCAUUUUUUUUUAUAUUUAUCAUUUUCUGUGUCCGUGCUGCAGGACACAGAAGAAACCAAGCGCAAAUUGGGGUACGCAAAAUUUCUAUUAAAACCUAUUUUUAAAAAAAGAUUAAAAAGGGAUUUAUUUUCGUUUGCAUGAAGUUCGGUUUGGGGAUCUAUGAAAAUAUAAAAAAAAUAUCAAAUCCUAAUAAUUAAAAAGUCGGGGGUUAGGUUGCGACUAAAUGUUGAGAAACCUGGUUAUGUGGAACAUGAAGCAUUGCAAGCAUGACUUACCUUGCAUAAAAUGUGUGAAUAACGCGUGUAUUUUCCAAAUUUAAUCUGUUAAAAAUAUAACCAGCAUUAUUUUUUUUUAGUUCCGUCAAAUAAAAAAUACAAUCAAAUAAAAUUAAGCAUUUAAGACACAUUUACACUUAAUCCCAUGUUAAGACAGACUCUUUCCUCUUUUACCCUGCUAUCUGCGGCCAUGUAACCGCAUGCAGGAUAUCUAAUAAUGAGUAAAAAACCUUAAACAAUCACCUCCAUUCACAGAAUGCGGGAACAUUUACGAUACUAAAAUUCAAAAAGGUCAACAUUCCUUGAAUCGCGUUGCCAUCUCGUAACAGGAUGGAGGAAAUUGACCAUGGAAACGAGUUCGUUGCGCACACAGCUACUCGGUGCGCUUUGGAGAGGUUUUGGCAACCUUUUUACGCGGCUGAGUUUUUCACAGUUCUCAACGCUUCAGGACACAGUAAAGCAGUAAAGCACCAAUACACAAGUUUUAUACACAAGACAAAGGUCUAUGGCAUGUAACUAAAACGUAUAUAUUGUCCGUAGCACUAUUUAAGCGCUGAAACUCACCCCUUCCCCUGGCGAGCACAUACUAAAAUUUACGCACAACGAAAACGUGUUGCUGUCUUAACAACACAGCAUAAGUUCUUUAAUUAUUCUCGUUUGGCACACACUGUAUGUGCAGUAAAGUACUAUAAAUCAAUGACCACGUUGACUCGCUGGUAAUAAAUAGAAACCGUCGCCCUGGUCGUUCUUUGUCUCGGUUGGCAAGGAGAUGAUGGUGUCCAAAAAUGGCUGUCCUCUAUCCAACCUGGCUGAUUGUACACACAGUAUUAUUAUCCUCUAACUCGUGGUUAAUGUAUAAUUUGGGCCAUAUGGCAUUUUAAAAUCUAAGCCUUUAUUUCGGUGGCACUUCGAUCUGUGUGGACCCAACUAAUGAUUCAAUUAGUCAUUAAACAGACCAAAAGACGAGCCUCGUGUGGGUUUUCACAUAGGCUAAUAUUUGCUCGUCAAAUAUUUCCCUUUGAAACGUUUACAACGUAUUUUUAUCUGCUGGCUGCCCAAGGAACAUCUGUGAGGGUUGUUUUAGCCUCCCUCUUCUGCAUAAAAAGAGGUCCCCCAAUUGGCCCUUUCCUUGCGCCCAUAUAGGAGUCUAUUUGUUCACGUUUUGAAAGAAAAUGUAAUAAAGAGACUUUGUGAUGGAUUUAUGAUUUAUCAAAAGCACUUUACCAUAUGGCAGUCGUCAUAGGAGCAGAUUUCCAAAUGUUUGUUUUAUGAAAGGAGACCAGAGAUCAUUUUAAUCUGAGCCACUUAACCUAGGAGAGGAUGUUCAAGUCACGUGACCCACUAAAGUAUGAGAAACACACUGAUGUUGAUUAUGUAGUUUCUUUGAAAGAAGACACUUAGGUCUGUAUUUUCGCUACAUUAAGACGAGCCAAAGCAGAAAAGAGAAGAACUGAAGUGUGUUGCGCUUAAAACUGUAUUGUCUAAUUAAGACUGCAGGCAGCUACUGCGCAAAAGCAAGCUCUUUGAGUUCCCAAGCUUGGAUAUUACUCUUUUGUGUGUCAGCUGCUGGAGCAGUGCACGGGGUACUAGACAUUAAAAACAGACUUAAUCUAUUUGUUUGUGACGCUUUAGAUGAUCAUACAUUGCCAAGAAAUUUAGUAAAGUGCGCUCAGGUGGCAUCAGCUUUGCCCAAGUGUGCAGUGUGUAAUAUCCCACUAGUAGAUGGUGCAAAGAUGCUGACAUGAUGUGGGGGUAGGUUAUAUCUGAUUGGAUAUUUCACACUAUGACAUGUCUAGAUGUUAUUAUAACAACAAAAACUGAGAUCUAAUUUUGGCUUGCUGGGACGCUUUGUGGGAAAUUCUUCUACAAAAUACAUUUCCAUCACUCACUUGGUCUUCCCCAGUCUGCAUUUGCUUUUAAAAUAGGCUGCUUGAAACGUUCUUUGUGAAUCGCCGAAAAGGAUCAGAAUACAAGUGGUUUUAAAGCUAGGAUAUUGUUCUAUGUCCUAAGAUUCUGGCCGCUUAAACGCACCAACUUGAAGCACAUGUCCAGCCUUUAACACCCACAUUCUCUUUCAAAGCAGUAGACUAUUUACAUUUCAGGAAUCAGAUCACCACGUCAUGUUGAGGUGUGCAGGUCUAUAAAUUGCUGCUGAUGGGUGGGAUUCCUCUCACUGUCACCAGACUGGUGUGGCGUUACCGCGACAAUUUCAUUACUUCUAAUCUAUCACAUUCUUCACAUUGCAGUCCCAGGUCUACCCCCCCCCUUCUCUGGAAAAAAGUUCUUAUAGUUUUGACUUCAGUUUCAUCAUCAAGGCUGGGAGCAAGGAGAGAUGUGCGGAACGAACACUGAUCUGGAAAAUAAAGGUGGUGGAAGUGUCAACCAGUUAGGAGGAAUGUUUCUCAACGGAAGACCUCUCCCACAACCCAAGAGACGAAAAAUGAUUCAGCUGGCCUUGGAGGGAAUCCGUCCAAGCCAGAUCUCCAGGAUACUCAGGGUGUCCAACGGGUGCGUCAGUAAGAUCCUGAGCCGCUACCGGCGCACAGGACUCCUGGAACCCAAGACCAUCGGUGGGAGCCGCCCCCGACUUCUCACCCCCGGUGUCAUCUCCACGAUCAUCCAAUGCAAAAGGGAAAAUCCGACUAUUUUUGCUUGGGAAAUCCGAAAACGUCUCGCAGCGGCGCGGAUAUGCAAGGCCUCCAACGUCCCCAGCGUGUCAUCCAUAAAUAGGAUUUUAAGAAAGAUCCACUUGGACCGCGGACCAUCGUGGAUGGACCUCAACGCUGAUGUCAGGGUUGAGCAGGAUUUGUAUUCUCUGGCUCAAGAAGAAGCAAAGAAGUUUGAGAAGUUUGAGACAGAGUGCAGUAAAAAACAGAAAUCCAAAGGUGUGCAGCACAGAAUCCGCACCACCUUUACACCAGAGCAGAGCAGAGCACUUGAGCAAGAAUUCUCUCGCAGCCAGUAUGCUGAUAUGUACACAAGAGAGAAGCUAUCUGCUGAAAUUAAACUUCCAGAGGACACCAUCAAGGUCUGGUUUUCUAACAGACGUGCUAAAUGGAGGAGAGAAGCCAAGCAGAGAGGUAGUACGCAGACUGAAGACUUUCAAAAGCAAAGUGACUUUGUUCAUGUGAAUCCAACAAUGACACACAGCUUCACAUCUCAACAGGCUACUGGAAUGGCAAAAGUCAAUGCUGACAGCUCCUCAUACAGCACUGUUACAAGGAAGCUGCAAAAUUGCUGCUUCUUCCCAACAGAAACAGGCGUGAGGAAUUCUGAAUGUCCGACAUCCUCAUUUCUCCAUCUGCCGAGUGACAUACAAAACACAGAAAAAACUCCUCUGGAUCUCCAUAGAGAUGGAUACACUUUCCCAGUGGUUCCCCACCACACAGACAUGAGGAGAACCUGCCCUUUGGCAACAAAGACAGGGGGGCCAGACUGCCCCGUGAUUCAACAGUGGAACCAGCAGGGAAUGCCUUUUACCUGGAGUCAGUUUCAAACAAAUGAGCAGUUUCUGUUGGUCCCGGAUGUGAAUCAGCAUCUCUACAUGGACUGAUAGUGAGACCAGUGAAUCAGCCGGAAGAGCUUUUGACUACUGCUUAAUUCCUCGACUGAAGGGACACUUAUAAACCAGUAGAGGGAGACAAAGUAUGGACCUAACAAUUUUGUCCUUUCCGCCCAUUGCCUCUUAAUUGCACUGCAGCUCGACUCAUCACUUUUCCUUGAGUCUGUGCUGUUGGCACGCAAUGUAAUCUUUGAUUGGUAAGAUAAUUAAAUUAAUUCACUAAACCCAUUUGCAAUGAAGCAAACUUAAUGUGACUUUAUAGCACCAGAAGGGAUGAAAAAAUAGAUAAGAUGAGGAUGAUAAUAAACUCUUUCUUGGAAGCGAUUUUUUUUUUAUUGAUAGCUAUCGCCCAGCAACAAGGACAAUAAAGCUAGGUUCAAGUUAAAGAGGGUAGAGUUUAGUACUGAUAGAGAUUAUUAAGAGAUACAUUUUAAUCUCAUAGUAUAAUCUUUAAUGAAUACUUUGCUGUGCUCCUCAGUUAUAUAUCAGUUUUAAAGACUUGUUGACUCCAACGUAAAUGAUUGCUCCAUGGAUCAUUUAAGGUUACCACAUGAUGAUAUGGACGUUAUCUCCUUUAUAUUGUUAGGCUUGACAUUUGUGUCAGUGUAGGAGCAUAAGGAACACAUCCAAGAUUUCAGUCCAGGAAAAGCCGGUGGGAGAAUCCCUAAAAAACCCCUAAAGUUUAAAUGCGACCUGAUAUCUGUUCCGCUCGGUAUCACUUUUUACGACUGCAACAGGGCAGCGGCAUUGAGUUCCUUUAUAUCCCUUUACUACAGUGAGGAGACAGUAAGUCUCUGAGUUUACUGAUAAUUGGUCAGCAGGGGAAAGAUUGGGUUCAGAAUACAAAUAGCUUGGUCAGCAGCAUGGAAGUGGCCUACUGGCGAAAUGACCCCCACUGGAAUAUAACAUCACGAAGCCAGAUAGGUAAAUGAUAUCUCCACGUUUGUGUUGUGACUGUUUCUGAAACAUCCACCAAUCUUGCAUAAAUUGAGGCAAGUUUUAGGAUGACUGCAUAUGAAUUUUUAACGGCAGGUACUGAACACAUGUAUUGAAUUUACAUGCAGUUUUCAAGCGUUUUUAUGCUGAUUUAUGACACAUUUCAAAGAUCAAUAUCUCUAAUAUAAGACUUUUUUUUCAGCUCCAGUGAUUUCUUUACAGUUUGUGCUUAUAUAGUAAAAUAUCCUAUGGUUUUCUUACAAGAUACAAUACAUUUUUAUAUGGAUUGCGCCCAUUGUGCCCUUGUGCUUCCCAACAUUUUUGGUUGCUAGCAUUUCCUCUUCUAAAAUCUUCAGCUGUUUUAACCUUUUCUAGGUAGAGAAAUGUAUCCAUGAAUUCAGGUUCUCAUAGAUUACUUAUCUACUGAUAUUUACUGUAAAAUAAAACUAAAUCCAUUCUGACAUCCUACAGUAUUACAAAGUGAAUAGUAUGUAAAGUCUACAGCAGCAGGCAUGCCCAAUUCUUGUUACAAGGCUUUUAAUCGGUAUAUGUGGUAUUUUUUUUAUCUGUUGUACUGCUUUUUUCCCCCUAAGCAAUAAACCUGAAUACUUAGUGCACUACUUUAAAAGCCUUCAUAUACUAAUUUGACAGAAAUAUUAAUCUUACAUCUGGAGGAUUCUCUGUAUCUUAUCUCAUAUUGAGCAACUAAAACUUUAGGAAUUGCUGAAAAGCACAUCCAAGUUCAACUGAACCUCACUCUAGUCUGGGAUGUCCAAAUUUGUUAUCCAAAUGUUCCUGACAUGUUAUUAUUUAUCUCCUUCCCUUGUUGUAUGUAUGACCCCCGUUGCUUUAGCCACUUAAGAGUAUUUAUUAUACACUAGAAUUUGCUUCUCUGACUGAUAUAAGGACCAA